AUGAUGGAAACAUAUCACGGCUUCGUCAGGACGCCUGCCGAUGCCAUAAAGCUGUUUGAGGCCUGCAGAGUAGGUCUUCUGCCUCGGGUUCAACGGAGACUCUCAGAAAAGGAACGUCAGUCAAUACGCUCCGGAUCAGUCUUUGUGUGGGACGAGAGGGAAGCUGGCAUGAGGAGGUGGACAGAUGGAAAAUCAUGGAGUGCCAGCAGAGUAUCAGGAAGCUUCCUCACAUACCGCGAGAUGGAGGGCAAGAGGGGAGGUGGCUUUGGUAACGCGAGGAGAGGCGCCGGCAAGACUCCCGAUUCGGGCCGCGGUAGCGACGGGUCCCAAGACGAGACAGAGCCAGAUGGCUACAGAUACAAGGCGGACGGUCUCAUGAAGCAGUCUUUCAGCAUCACAACCUCGACAGGCCAACACUUGCACUUGAUUUCAUACUACUCGAGGCCCAUGGCUGGCCAACCAGAGCUCACUGUACCGACAGCCGAUCCCAACUUGCGCCAAAUUUACCCCGAAAAGGGUCUCUACCCAGAAUCGAGCAUGAGCGAGGCACAGGUGCCACCCAUGACAAGAGCACCGAUGCAACAGGCACCGUACAUGGCUGGUCCUCCUCACCACCUGCACCCGGGCUCGCACACGUAUCCGCCACACUACGUACAGCAUGCUUACCCUCACUGGCCAGCAUCGCCCGCAACACCGCCAUACACUCACUACACAGUUGCGCCCCCAGCGUACGCGCCGCCUCACCACGCUCAUAUGCACCCGCACGCACCGCCGCCGGGCCACUACCCUUACGCAUCACCACCGCCUCCUCAGGCUACGCCUCAAUUUGACCGGACGCUUCCUCCGCCUGUCUCGACGGCUUCUCAGUCUAGGACGCCACCUUUGGGUCCUCUGAUGCCCGCAUAUGCUGCCCAUAGAUCCCCUCGCUUACCGCAACCGCGCACUGGGACAGACUCGCAGUUGCACCCUCACCACAUUGCCGACCCAAGACACGGUGCUGCAGGCGCCAGGACGCUCCCAGGCCCCUUACCAGCUCUUCCUCCGACCAAUACGCCACCAACCAGGCACGCCUCGGUUUCGCCGCCAAGGUCUUCGCAUUCUGACAGCGCUCCUGCACCCGCUCCAAGUGGCAACAAGGCCAGUCUUUCCGCACUACUUCACCCUACAACAGAUGUUCCCAGGAGCACAACCGAUGGUGGCGCCAGCGCCUCCAACUCCCCUCGACUCAUUGGGCGGGAACACACCCCCAGCACUUCGGCCUAUGCUAUGGCAGCGGCAGCCUUGGCUGCAGGGGCUCAAAAGCAAACCCUACCUUCACUCAAGCAAUUCAACGAAGAUGUGCGGGCUUUGGGAGCCUUGGAUAAGAAGUUUAUGCAGACCACAUCCUCGUAG